AUGGAGUUUGUUUCGCAGCAGUUCAACUCGACCGUCGGGUCGCUGCUCAACCCGGCCACCACGCAGCUGGCGGCGGACCUGUACAAGAACACGGAUCUGGCGUCGCUCAACGUCUUCGAAAAGGCAUGGGCGAACUGGUACCUGUACUGGGGCAACCCGGUACUGGCGACGGGCAUCAUGUCGUUUAUGCUGCACGAGGUGGUGUACUUUGGCCGUGCGAUCCCGUGGAUCAUCAUCGACGCCAUGCCGAGCAUGCGCAAGUACAAGCUGCAGGACGACAAGGUACCCACCCCGGAGCAGCAGUGGAAGUGCACCAAGUACGUGCUGCUGUCGCACUUUACCGUGGAACUGCCGCAGAUCUGGUCGUUCCACCCCAUCUGCGAGUACUUUGGCCUGGCGACGCACGAGGUGCCCUUCCCGCACUGGACCAAGAUCGCAUGGCAGAUCGGGCUCUUCUUCCUGUUUGAGGAUGCCUUCCACUACUGGGCGCACCGCGCGCUGCACUGGGGCCCGCUGUACAAGCACAUCCACAAGAAGCACCACGAGUACUCGGCACCCUUCGGUCUGGCGGCCGAGUACGCGCAUCCGCUCGAGGUGCUGAUUCUCGGCAUGGGCACCAUCGGCGGACCGUUCAUGCUGUGCGCGUUCACCAAGGACAUGCACAUCCUCACCGUGUACAUUUGGAUCGUGCUGCGCCUCUUCCAGGCGAUUGACGCGCACUCGGGCUACGACUUCCCCAUCUCGAUGCACAACUGGAUUCCCUUCUGGGCGGGCGCCGACCACCACGACUACCACCACCAGGCGUUCGUCGGCUGCUACUCCACCUCCUUCCGCUGGUGGGACAGCUUCAUGGGCACCGACCUCUCGUACAAGCGUGCUCGUGCGCGCCAGGCCGAGAAGAAGCGCCAGGCUCUCGAGGGCAGCGCCAAGGCGGCCACCGCCAAGGCUCAGUAA